AUGAUGGAGGCUGACAUGCGGAACGCCAACGCAGCUAUGGCCGGCGAACUCUAUCCACUGGCACAGCAGAAGGCUACUACAGUGAUUCACGAAGGUCGUGACAUAGCUGGUUAGUG